GACUCCACUUCCCGGCAGGCCGUGCGGCGCAAAGGGCGGAACUCCAUUUCCCAGCAGGCUCCGGGCGGCGGGCGCAGUGGUGCCUUGUGUGGGAUGUAAGCGCGGAGGCCGAGGCCCGCCGCCAUGGGGCUGAAGGCCGCCCAGAAGACGCUAUUCCCGCUGCGCUCCAUCGACGACGUGGUGCGCCUGUUCGCCGCCGAGCUGGGCCGGGAGGAACCGGACCUGGUGCUCCUCUCCUUGGUACUGGGCUUCGUCGAGCAUUUCCUAGCUGUCAACCGCGUCAUCCCCACCAAUGUGCCCGAGCUCACCUUCCAGCCCAGCCCCGCGCCCGACCCUCCUGGCGGCCUUACCUACUUUCCCGUGGCCGACCUGUCCAUCAUCGCCGCGCUGUACGCCCGCUUCACCGCCCAGAUCCGCGGCGCGGUUGACCUGUCUCUCUACCCGCGAGAGGGGGGUGUCUCCAGCCGAGAACUGGUGAAGAAGGUGUCCGAUGUCAUCUGGAACAGCCUCAGCCGCUCCUACUUCAAGGAUCGAGCCCACAUUCAAUCCCUCUUCAGCUUCAUCACAGGCACAAAACUGGACAGUUCUGGUGUGGCCUUUGCUGUGGUGGGGGCCUGCCAGGCUCUGGGUCUGCGGGAUGUCCACCUCGCCCUGUCUGAGGACCACGCCUGGGUCGUGUUUGGGCCCAAUGGAGAACAGACAGCGGAAGUCACUUGGCACGGCAAGGGCAACGAGGAUCGCAGGGGCCAGACGGUCAACGCGGGUGUGGCCGAGCGGAGCUGGCUGUACCUGAAAGGAUCGUACAUGCGCUGUGACCGCAAGAUGGAGGUGGCAUUUAUGGUGUGUGCCAUCAACCCUUCCAUCGACCUGCACACCGACUCCCUGGAAUUGCUGCAGCUGCAGCAGAAGCUGCUCUGGCUGCUCUAUGACUUGGGACAUCUGGAAAGGUACCCCAUGGCUCUGGGGAACCUGGCAGAUCUGGAGGAACUGGAGCCCACCCCUGGCCGGCCAGACCCACUCACCCUCUACCACAAGGGCAUCGCCUCAGCCAAGACCUACUACCGGGACGAGCACAUCUACCCCUACAUGUACCUGGCUGGCUACCACUGUCGCAACCGCAACGUGCGCGAGGCCCUGCAGGCCUGGGCUGACACGGCCACUGUCAUCCAGGACUACAACUACUGCCGUGAGGACGAGGAGAUCUACAAGGAGUUCUUUGAAGUAGCCAAUGAUGUCAUCCCCAACCUGCUGAAGGAGGCAGCCAGCCUGCUGGAGGCUGGCGAGGAGCGACCAGGGGAGCAGACCCAGGGUGCCCAGAGCCAGAGUUCUGCCCUCCAGGACCCAGAGUGCUUCGCCCACCUGCUGCGGUUCUAUGAUGGCAUCUGCAAGUGGGAAGAGGGCAGCCCCACGCCUGUGCUGCACGUUGGCUGGGCCACCUUCCUUGUGCAGUCCCUAGGCCGAUUUGAGGGGCAGGUGCGGCAGAAAGUGCGCAUAGUGAGCCGGGAGGCCGAGGCUGCCGAGGCGGAAGAGCUGUGGGGCGAGGAAGCCCGGGAAGGCCGGCGGCGAGGCCCACGGCGUGAGUCCAAGCCAGAGGAGCCGCCGCCGCCCAAGAAGCCGGCGCUGGACAAGGGCCCGGGCCCUGGCCAGGGGGCGACGUCAGGACCCCCGCGGAAACCCCCGGGGACAGGCCCGGGCACUGCCCGCGGCCCGGAAGGAGGCGGCACGGCGCCGGCGCCCGCAGCGUCGCCACCACCGGAGGGUCCGGUGCUCACUUUCCAGAGCGAGAAGAUGAAGGGCAUGAAGGAGCUCCUGGUGGCCACCAAGAUCAACUCGAGCGCCAUCAAGCUGCAGCUCACCGCGCAGUCACAGGUGCAGAUGAAGAAGCAGAAGGUGUCUACACCUAGCGACUACACGCUUUCCUUCCUCAAGCGCCAGCGCAAGGGCCUGUGAAGUACCCCAGACUCCCUGUCGGCCCUUGCGGUGGAGGGAGGGGGCGCCACUCCAGGCACCCCCCCCAACUUCCCUACCCGCCCUCGCUCCGGGGCUCCACCUGCCGAUUGAGGGGGCCUAACCAGGUCCUCCGAGCCCCACCCCAACCCAGGACCCAGGCUGCAAGUCCCUGAGGACAGGCCACUCCAGAGCUCUGCCCCUCAUUCGAAUAUAGAUCCCACCGCCCAGAAUCCCAGCCGGCCAAUGGGAACCUCACUUUGAGCUCCAUCGUUAAUCUUUAAAGGUCCAAGCACUGGAAACAGGCCCCCACCUCAGAACCAAGGCUCUAACUUGGGCCUGACCCGGGUUGCUCCCGGCCCCACCCCCUAGAAGCACAGGACCCGCCUCCCGCCCGGGAACCUGGGUCCCUAGUAGUACAUUUCUGCACUUCAGAAUUCCAUCCCUUGGGAACCCCAACUGCCCCCUACCCCAAAAGACUUAAGAAACUUUCAGAGUUUGGAAAUUCUAGCCUCUUCUCCACUGUCCUGCGAGUCUGGGACGCGAAAGGCAGCCUCCGGCCUGUGAAUCCUGAGCCCCGCCCCCUUCCUGACCAAACUGGCCGCAGAUCAGAGCGGACCUCUCUCUGACCCUCUGGGAACCUCCCCGAGGUCCGGCCUGUCUCCGGGGACUCCGGAGGAAAUCUGCAGGGGUUUGCCAGUGGGUGAGGGGAGCCUGAUCUCUUCCUGUUUUGUACAUAGAUUUAUUUUUCAGUUUCAAGGAAGAUGAAUACAUUUUGUAAAAAA